AACACCGGGGACACAAGGGACACAGGGAACACAAGGGACACAGUCGACACAGGGGACACAAGGGGCACAGGGGACACAAGAGACACAAGGGACACAAAGGACACAGGGGACACAAGGACACACAAGGGACACAGGGGACACAAGGGGACACAGGGUACACAAGGGAGACCGGGGACCCAAGGGAACACCGGGGACACAAGGGACACAGGGAACACAAGAGGACACAAGGGACACGGGGGGCACAGGAGACGCAAGGGACACAGGGGACAAAGGGGAAACAGGGAACACAAGGGACACAAGGGGACACAGGGUACACAAGGGACACCGGGGACCCAAGGGAACACCGGGGACACAAGGGACACAGGGAACACAAGGGACACAGUCGACACAGGGGACACAAGGGGCACAGGGGACACAAGAGACACAAGGGACACAAGGGACACAGGGAACACAACAACCUCGUCCCCAGGGCGCUUUUCCCUGGCUGAGGAGGUGGGGCGGGAAAAGGCCCUGGCAUCGGCCGGUCACAUGACCACCAAACACCCAGAAUUUGCGGGUGUACUAAAUUAGCAUACGAUCGCAUACGAUAAACAAAACAUCGAAGAUGGCGGGUAGAUCAAUGCUUCGCCGGGUCGGAUUUCCCUGAGUAACGGUUACUUUCCACCGCUUAAUUUUAAACCUCUUCAAACAAAAUGUUUCAAAUCUAUCCUGAAAGGCCAGGAUGUUAUUGGAGUCUUACCAACUGGAUCUGGCAAGUCGAUGCUAUUUCACGACUGUACCGUUCUCGCCAAGAUAAAGCCGAAACAACUAAAGUUGCUCUUGUAAAAGCAACUAAGCACAAAGCCGACCCAGCAACUAAUGAGAUUCGCGUGGAGAACCGAAACCAUGGUCUUUCCGGAUCACAAAGUGGCAAUAACAAAACAGUCCAAACACUGUUAAGCUUUAUUAUUCAAAAGCUAUUACCGAGGAAGGAAAUACGCGCUCCAGUCAAAAGACUCCGGCAAAAGACCCUUACUAUCUUUAGAAAAACACCAAGCUGGAGUCUACUAAGUCACAAUGCAAUACUCCAUAGUUGAUGCAGCUUCGGUUAAGCUACACUUCAUUCUUAUAAUUUUGGACCUGCAAAUCACUAUCCGUGAUAAUUUAACAUGCAUGCAAGAAAACAAACAAGCUGGGCCCAGCGUGAUACAACAUUGCAGAAAAACAUUACAUCCACGGACUAAAGAAAAUCGCUUAGUUAUUCAGAUCCAAAAGGCACUUUGGAAAAAAUUACAACCCUUAUUCAACCGUAACAAAAAGCUCUACGCUUCAAAAUAGGUCAAAGAAAAAAUGCUCUUGCAUCAGAGGGAAAAUCCUGCCCGCCAGAAACAAACCCCCCGGGGGGGGACUCCCAUAUGAAACAGACGGGGAUGCUCGUCGUCUCGCUUAGGGGUGUAAAUUUUGGAUUUUGGUCUCGCUUAGGGUGUUCCGGGCAAAGCGCCAAUAUUUUAAGCCGCCAAGGUCUCGUUUAGGGUUCCGCGAAGAACUUGAGAUUUAUGACAAUGCUUUUAAAAACUACUUUUAGAUAAAAGCAUUCGACGAUUAUGUCUUUAUAUCAUUAAAACUCAUUGCAUGUCAUAUUUGUGUGUUUUUAAGCGGUCUCUUUUAGGGGCCAAAAUUUGCUUAAGCCACGCCCAGAUUGGUCUCCUUUAGGGGUUAAAUUCAAAAUUUCCGACGAGCAUCCCCGUCUGUUUCAUAUGGGAGUCCCCCCCCCGGGACAAAACCACAGUAAAUCGAUAGUGUGCAAUGACUUCUCAGUGUGAAACAAGCGGCCCAGCAAAAAUGCAGAAACUUCCAGACCAUAAUCUACUUAGCUAAGGAAAAAACUUAUUGAAACAAGCAGCAUUUUGGCAUGAGUUAAAAGUCGUGUAGGCCUUCCAACCCCUUUUUAUUGCGGGUCAUCCACAUCGAAGCUUUCGGGUGACAGCUUUGAUAGACGCUUCGACGGUUGAUGCGAGGACGGCGGUGAAAGUUGAACGCAUCGCUUUACAGAAUAUUCUGAGUUAAGAUCACACAGCGUAUUGUCUACAGAUUAACCUCUCCAAAUAAACUGAUCCAUUUUGUCUACGAAUGUAACGCCACCCCUACAUAACACUGCCGACCUCGUAUCGUCCUCAGAAAUGUUUAUUGACAUUGCCACAGGUUUUAUAAACUUUCAAAUACAGAUCUUUUGAUAGGCAGGGCUUGCUGAAUAUUCGAAGCAUAUAGCGAAUCUCAUGAGAACCACCACAUAGCCUGCAAACUGGGUUUCAUAAAGAAAUCUUCGUUGAAGGGGACAUGCUUUCCGCCUUUUCGAUUUCGCUAUAAUGCAUAAAUUAUUUUCAUCUGGCCAUUUUCUUACAUGAAUUACCUAAAUCAAUCAACCAAUCAAAAUGACGGAUUGGCCGGCCGAUGCCAGGGCCUUUUCCCGCCCCACCUCCUAAGCCAGGGAAAAGCACCCUGGGGACGAGGUUGGGAACACAAGGGACACAGUCGACACAGGGGACACAAGAUGCACAAGGGACACAAGUGACACAGGGAACACAGGGGACACAAGGGACACAGUCGAUAGCAGGGACGCAAGGGGCACAGGGGACACAAGAGUCACAAGGGACACAAAGGACACAGGGGACACAAGGACACACAAGGACACACAAGGGACACAGGGGACACAAGGGGACACAGGGUACACAAGGGAGACC